CACACCAUUGACAGGUUGAUUCAUUUAGAGUCACUGCUUUCGUCAAUAGCAUACUGUUCCAACAUGAUAAGGGAGAUAGUUUUACUCGCUGUCUGCGUUCUAGUUUCUACGUCAAAUGGCGACGCAAGUGAAGAGAAGCACCUCGUCCGACGUGCCGCCAUGAAAGCUCCAUGGACCUGGCCUAACGCUAUUGUUUACUACAAGUUUAGCCGCAACCUUGAUAAUGAUGGCAGAAACCGAUUGAACCAGGCUAUGGCAAGGAUUGAAAGAAAGACAUGCAUUCGAUUCAGGAGACGCAGAAAUGAACCCAACUACAUCUUGAUGCAGUACGACUUCAAGAAGGGAGGAUGCAAAGCAAAUGUUGGAUUUGUUGGCGGACAACAAAAUGUUUACAUCGCUAAUCCAGAAGUUUUCAGGACAACAGGCUACUGCGGUGUUCCGUCAAUCGUCCAUGAACUCGGACACGCCCUCGGAUUUUUCCAUGAACAAUCCCGCCCUGAUCGGGACAACUAUGUCCGCAUACACUUAAAGAACCUCGCACCCCAAUACAAAUGGGCAGCUGGUAACUUCGAUAAAACAGACAGGAGGUGGGUAGAUGACCGCGGAAUCGGGUACGACUAUGGUUCCUUGAUGCAUUAUGGCAAAUACGCCUUUGCUAGCCGUGGGAAAGUCGUUGUCGAGCCCCUGGAUCCUAAAGCACACAUUGGACAGCGAAAGGGACUCAGCAGGAAAGAUAUCAAUCAACUGAAAGUCAUGUACAACUGCCGUUGAAAUAAACUAUAAUCAGUAAAAAUAAAAUGAAAUAAAAUAGAAAUAUGAA